UUUGAAAACCCAUUUCCCCCAAAAAAUUUACUUAUUUUUGCACUGAAAAUUAAAUUCAAAUAGAGAACAUUUUGCAAAUCUCUGUUUUUGAUCGUCGUCAAGAAAAUCCAGGGCGUAACCUGAGAUUAUCGAGAAACUAAAAACAAUCCAUUUGAUUUCUGAAAUAUGUGGAGAAGGCUACUCACUUCACAGUUCAAAUCUCUAGCAGCACUUCCAUGCCGAUCCGCGUCUAAAACGGCGCCGAUUCCGUUCAAAUCUCACAUUUCUCCUUUCCCUUUCGCUUCUCUCCUCGUUCGCCAUUUCACCGCCGAGUCAGCAGAUACUUCUGUGAAGAAGAGAGUUGAGGAUGUAAUGCCUAUUGCUACCGGUCAUGAGCUUGAGGAGCUUGAGGCCGAGAUCCAGGGAAAGAAAAUCCUUGAAGAUGUGAACUAUCCUGUAGGUCCCUUUGGCACUAAGGAAGCUCCUGCUGUUGUCAAGUCCUACUAUGACAAGAGAAUAGUUGGAUGCCCAGGAGGUGAAGGCGAGGAUGAACAUGAUGUGGUCUGGUUUUGGCUGGAGAAAGGCAAGCCACAUGAGUGCCCAGUUUGCUUGCAGUAUUUUGUGCUUGAAGUUGUGGGACCUGGAGGACCUCCAGACGGACAUGGUGACGAUGAUCAUCAUUAAUUCCAGCUUUGAACUUUUCCUGUUGGAAUAAAAUUGCAGAAGAUUAUGGAAUUAUGUUCCAAUGUAUAAUGCACCCUUCAAGUGUUACGAAAGCUUUUUUUGUGUUUCGUUUGGUUUUGAGAUGGUAUUCUCUGUUUUUUCUUAUGGCACUUUUUAGACCGUUGCACAGGUAUGAGAUCUUAGUUUAACUUGGAAUGCAUCGCAAAAUAAAUAAAUCUAUGACUCCAUUCUUUCAGGAACUUCCUGGUGUCAAGUUUUGAAGGAUUUUCGUAUUGUCUAGGUAUUGUUU